AUGGCGUCUGGAUUCAGCUGGAGCGGAGGACGACCACGAUGCUUUGCCUAUUGGCAAGAAUUCCAGAAGUGCUACGCCCAAACUGACUCGCCAAGGGAAUGCAGACCUGCUGCAAACGACUACCUCGAAUGUCUCCACCAUCCUAAAGAGACCCAACGAGCAUUAGCCAUCGAGAAGGAGUACCUCCGCAAAGUCGACAAGGCCAUCAAGGAGAGCAAGAAAUCUUCUGAACCGCUGGCAGAGGGUGUCGUCGUUGGUGUUGGCCUCAUCAACCGAGAGGGCUCGGAUAAGUCAUAG